AUGUCUGCUGUCCAGCUCUCCUUUUCCCUCCGAGUUUCCUCGACUGUCAAGGCCGUCCACCUCCUCGGCUCCUGGGACAACUACGUCGGCCAGCUCCCGCUCUCCAAGGACAGGAAAGCGUCCAAAUCUGGCUCGUGGAAGGGCACCUUUCGAUUUCAGAACUCGACGCUCUCGGCCGGCCAACGAUACUGGUACUACUACAUCAUCGACGGCUACCACGUUGCUCACGACCCCAGCAUCAAAUCCACCACGGAGCCCACUACCGGCCGCGAGUUGAACAUUCUCGACGUUCCUUCCGAUAGGCACCACACUUCUUCGUCAUCGUCUCGCAAGUCCUCUUCAUCGUCUUCGUCUUCCAAAUCGUCGUCGUCACACAAGUCCACUUCCAAGGCGUCGUCGUCGUCGAAGGCGUCAUCGCACAAGUCCAACCGCAAGAGCUCGUCGUCGUCGUCGUCGUCGGCUUCGUCCUCUUCAAGACAGCACUCCCCCUUCAAGGAUCACCACCUACCACCGUGGAACCGAGCUGAGCUGUCUGUCGACAUCCCCAAGGGCCGUCCGCUCUCCGUCUCACGAAUCCAGGCACCCAAGCCCAUGACUCCCCAUGUGACGAAGCACAUUCUCGACUGUGACUACUACGACAGCGACGCUCUCGCGGAGCUCACAGCUCGUUUCGGUAACGCCGCCCUCGACGAUGAGGAUCUCAUUACCAACUUGGGCUAUUCACCCGUCUCAACCACUGGUUCCUCCUUGUCCUACCGCUCCGGCAGCUCGUCUCCCAACUCGCCGCUCUCGGGCUACAGCACGCCCAACUCCGACAGCAGCGCUUGCACCUGCGAGCGCUACGGCAUCACCCGUAAAGGGGAGCGUGUUAGGCUCGACUGCGGCGGCUCGUUCUGUGGCUAUGAGGAUGACGGUUCGUCGUGCUCGAGCGGUAGUGGCGAAGACGAGUACGGACCUCAGCAGAGGUACUCGCGCACCACCUCGUCGCGCCGCAACGGCAUCCAUGUCUGUUGA